GCUACCGGUACAGACUCUUAUGUGAAGCUGUACUGUACCAUGCAUUCAUGUAAAAAAUAAAUGCUGCAUUGGCUUCCUCACCUGUCCCACUUCCACAGCAACGAUUCCAACCAUUUUUAGACCACGAAGUCAACAACUGCAUCGUUAUCCAACCCAAAACUCCAUAAACCUAACUACUGAUUGACCCAUCGACAAUGGCGAAGUACACUUUUCCUCUCCUGCUGAGCCUCCUGGUGAGGCUGUCUGUGGUCUCCGCUGCAUGUACAUCCAGUGGCGGUGGUGUUAUCAAUCCUGAUGACAGCAUUGACUGCAUUGGGCCUGGCAGUGGCUGCCAAGGUGCCACUAUUUCAGGGUGUACUGUGGUUCGCUGCGUUGGAUCCACUGCCUGUCAGAAUUCUAUCAUUUCCAAUGUUGAAAGUGUUAUUUGCAGGGACGGUGCUACUGCUUGUGGAAAUGCCAAGAUAUCAAACGUUAGUGGGGAGGUCACCUGUGGACCUGUAGGUAAUGUCAACUGUUUUCGAUUGGAACUAACCAAUGCACCAAAAAUCAGCUGUCUUGGCUCGGGCCAAUGCUUUGACAUGAGAGCAAACAAUGUGCAAGUCCUGGAUUGCCUAGGACAAAACAGCUGCAAGCGUGCAACGAUACAUAAUGCAGGAGUGCUGAACUGUGUCGGAACCACAUCCUGCCACCAAUCAACUGUGAAUAAUGCAGCAGUGAUGAAUUGUGCUGGACAAACAGCCUGCCACUCAACCUUCGGAUCCUUAGCACCAGAAAUCAAUUGCAGUGCCCAACAUGCUUGCCAUUAUUUCGCUCUACCACAAGCUUCCUGCUUGAACUGCCAAUCCUCUGAUUCAUGUUCGUUUGUCGCCAUUGAUGGGCCCUUUCAGGUUUCUAUUGCCGCUGGAAGUCAUGGGACCUGCCCAAAAACCAGUACAGUACAAGGUGACCCUCACUUCCAAACUUGGAAUGGGAAGUGGUAUGACUACAUGGGAGCCUGCGAUCUCAUCCUACUUGAUGCCCCCCAGUUUGAGGAUGGAUUCCCUCUGUUGGUCGUCAUUCGAACAACCACUAGAUACGAUUACAGCUAUGUGGAAAGCGCCGCCAUUAAGAUUGGAGAUGACAUCUUGGAGGUUGCCAGUUUUGGAGAACACUUUUUGAAUGGAGUGGAUGGAGUUGACAUGGUCCAUGAGGACAUGUUCUUGGGUCCCUUUCCGGUUCACUACAAGCAAGUUGAUAUCCGGACACAUACCUUUGAUAUUUCCUUGGGCGGUGGUGAGAAAAUUACCCUCAAGAGCUACAAGGAUCUUGUCUCAGUCAAGCUGGACAAGGCUGAUGCCCAGAGGUUCUUGGGGAGCCAAGGAAUGCUAGGAGAUUUUAAGACUGGACAGACCAUGUCCCGGGAUGGCAUCUCCAUUGUUACGGACCCUGACCUUCUUGCGACCGAGUGGCAAGUCCAUCCUGAGGAUGAUGGGAUGGUGUUUCAGACUGCCCGAGCCCCUCAGUAUCCUCAGUCCUGUCAACUCCCACGGCAAUCCAAGACCACCAAAAGAAGACGUCUUGGUGAAUUGAUCGUCUCUGAAGACGACGCAAGAAAUGCCUGUGCUGGUGCCAACAACAUGGAUGGCUGUGUGCAUGAUGUGAUGGCUACAGGAGAUUUGGAACUUGCCUCUGUGGUAUGGUAGAGCAUGGUCCACAAGUGAAGCAAGCAAUGGGCAGUUUGAAAUUUGUGUGAUCGAAUGGCUGGUUUCUGGUCUUGCCUGCCAGGUCUGGCGACAACAAUGUCAAC